AUGUACGGUACCUACAUCGGUACCCCUCUCAACAAAGUAUCUGGGCCCGACUCCAAACCGGCAGGUCUACCGGAGAGAUUUCCGCCAACGUAUUCACGUUUGGAGAGGAAAGAGAACGGGAGUGCUCCGGAUACAAAGGGCAAGCUGGGUGGGCACUCGACUCUGUUACUGCGCAUGCAUUCCGACGGGCAAAUGUGGUAUCGAUCGAUGAUUGAGGACGAGGAUGUCUAA